AAGUGACUUUCGGUGUAGUUCCGGUCGGUGAUCUGUGAGCUGGCUCUCACCGAGGGUCUUUUCUUUGCCUGUCUCACGGUGAUGGGGGUCUGUGCGGGUCCGUGCGGGUCCCCGCUGGUCUGCCUGGUCCUGCUGGUCUCGGCGGUCCCCCCUCUGACUGCCUGGGAGGCGGAUCUAGAACUGUUGGACCUGGUGGAAGAGAUCCCGCAGACCUUCUACCAGUUCCUGUCCCUGGACCAGGACGCGUCAGCAGCAGAGAUAAAGAAGGCGUACCGUCGCAUGUCUCUCACGCUGCAUCCUGACAAGAACAAAGAUGAAGACGCAGAGACUCAGUUCCGACAGCUCGUCGCCAUUUAUGAAGUCCUGAAGGACGAGGAAAGACGACGCAAGUAUGAUGACAUCCUGGUUAACGGGCUUCCUGAUUGGCGGCAGCCAGUCUUCUACUACAGACGAGUGAGAAAGAUGAGUAACUCUGAGCUCGGCUUCCUCCUCUUCCUCAUCCUCACUGUGGGACACUACGCCGUCAUCUGGUCCAUCUACCUGGAGAAACAACUGGACGAGCUGCUGAGUAAGAAGAAGAAAGAGAAGAAGAAGAAGCUGAGCUCCAGACCUGAGGAGCUCAGGUGUGUCGGACCGGACCGGACUGACAGGGUUCACGAGCGACCUCACUGGCAGGAUAUCCUCCCUCUGAAGAUGAGCAUCUGGCUCUACCUGUCCGUCAAGAACCUGCCGCAGACCGUCCAGGAAGUGAAGCUGUACUAUGAGACCUACCAGCAGAUGAAGCAGCAGCAGAAAGAAGAAGCUGAAGCCGAACAGGAAGUUGUGACCAGAGAGAAGCGACCGAAGGUGAAGAAGCAGAAGGUGGAGUUUCCAGUGUACGAGCCGACUUCAGAGAACCUGAAGAACCAGAGCUACGACCAAAUGUCGUCCAUCGAGGAGAUUGAGGACCAGAUGGACGCGUGGCUGCAGGACCACCGAGCAGGAGGAACCAGGAAGAAGGCUGCUGAUUGGACGGAGGACGAGCUAAGCCUCCUCAGCAGGUUGAUGGUUAAAUUUCCAGGAGGAACUCCGGGGCGAUGGGACAAGAUCGCUCAUGAACUGGGACGAUCGGUGUCCGAUGUGACGACGAAGGUGAAACAGGUGAAAGACAACGUGAGCCACACCUCAGGUCUGGUGAAGCUGUCUGAGCUGAAGGGCCCUCUUCUACCUGUGAGGUCACUUCCUGUUGCUGACAGUGGGAUGACUCAGAGGGUGGGCGGGGACUGUGAUGAGGGGGAGGAAGAGGAGGAAGCUCUGGCCUUGCGCCGGAGGAACAGGAAAUCUUCAACGGCAGCGGCAGACGGGGGGGAGGUGAAGGUCAGAGGGCGGCGGCAGAGAGAUUUCGACCCUGCAGCCCUGGAAGAGGACGAGGAGGCGGAGCCUCAGGAUAACCCUGCCGCCUGGACUCAGAACCAGCAGAAACUGUUGGAACUUGCUCUGCAACAGUUCCCCCGUGGAACUGCAGAACGCUGGGACCGCAUCGCCAAGGUGGUCCCAGGGAAGAGCAAGGAGGAGUGUAUGAUUCGUUACAAGAUGUUGGCCGAGCUCGUUCAGAAGAGGAAACAGGCCAAGAGCUGAUGACCCCUGACCCCUGACCUCCUGUCAGACAGGUGAACAUGUGACCUGUCAGUGUUUUAUGUCUCUGACCAGGUGAGCUGCGUCCUGAUUGGAUGGAUUUAUAGAUGUUUUUUUGUGUAUGUAUGACGUCUCACCUGCUAAGGUGAGUUUUUAAAACCUAUGUAUCAAAGGAAGCAGGUGACCUUUGUGACACCACCUGACCUCUGACCUCACAGCUUCAUGUGCCUUAGCUGUCAAUCAACUUCUGUUCACCUGAUCAAUAAAGAGUAUUUAUUAUCUGCG